GAUAGUGGAUGUGGGAAAGAGAGGGGAGAAUAAGAGAGAAAUCACAGUCAGAGAGAAGAAAGCGAGUGAACGAGAGAAAGACGUGAGGAGAGAGAGAGAGAGAGAGAGAGAGAGAGAGAGAGAGAGAGAGAGAGCUGGAGUGAAAGAUAACAAGAAGGGGAGUAAGUGAGACAGAGGGAGGGCUGGAAGUUUUGGCUCCUCAUUAGUCUGCUCCUCCAGCUUGUGUGUGUGUGUGUGUGUGUGUGUGUGUGUGUGUGUGUGUGUGUGUGUGUGUGUGUGGUCUGCUGGUGGGUGAGUAAAUGGCUGGCAGCUUCUUCCACCGGCGCUCUCAGGAGGAGCUGGGCUCUGCAAGCUCACUGCUGGGGUCAGACCUCCGACACGGACACGCCAUGCAUCAGGUCCUGGACACGUUGAGUGACAGCACCAGCUCCACUACGGCCAACGACCUUGACCUCAUCUUCCUCAAGGGCAUCAUGGAGAGUCCAGUGGCCCACGAGCGCUACGAGGAGCCCAAGCUGGAGGCGGUGCGGGACAACAAUGUGGAGCUGCUGCAGGACAUCCUGAGAGACCUCACACCCCUCACAGAGCAGAGCCAGGCAGCCGACGAGCUCGCACGCAUCCUCCAGGAGCCACACUUCCAGUCCUUGCUGGAGACCCAUGACUCGGUGGCCUCUAAGACCUAUGAGACUCCUCCCCCCAGCCCCUGCGCCUUCAUGGACCCGGCCAUGAACAACCAGCCCGUCCCCCCCGACGCCGUGCGCAUGGUGGGGAUCAGGAAGGUGUCCGGCGAACACCUGGGCGUGACGUUCCGUGUGGAGGGCGGUGAGCUGGUGAUCGCGCGUAUCCUGCACGGGGGCAUGAUUGACCAGCAGGGCCUGCUGCACGUGGGCGACAUCAUCAAGGAGGUGAACGGCCGCGAGGUGGGCUCAGAGCCACGCGUGCUGCAGGACAUGCUCAAGGAGUCCACCGGCAGCGUCGUGCUCAAGAUACUGCCCAGCUACCAGGAGCCACACACACCUCGCCAGGCGUUUGUGAAGUGCCACUUUGACUAUGACCCCGCCCACGACAACCUCAUUCCCUGUAAGGAGGCGGGGCUUAAGUUCAACAGUGGAGACAUCCUGCAGAUUUUCAACCAGGAAGACCUCAACUGGUGGCAGGCGUGUCACCAGAACGGGGGCAGUGCGGGGCUCAUCCCCAGCCAGGUGCUGGAGGAGAAGAGGAAGGCCUUCGUCAAGAGGGACCUGGAGCUCACCACCGCAGGACCCCUGUGUGCAGGUAUGGGAGGAAAGAAGAAGAAGAAGAUGAUGUACCUGACCACCAAGAACGCAGAAUUUGACCGCCAUGAACUGCGGAUCUACGAGGAGGUGGCGAAAGUUCCGCCGUUCCGCAGGAAGACUCUGGUUCUAAUUGGAGCACAAGGGGUCGGACGCAGAAGCCUGAAGAACAAGCUGUUGGUGUCGGAACCCCUGCGCUACGCAACCACCAUGCCGUACACGUCCCGUAAGCCCAAGUUGGGAGAGACGGACGGGCAGAUGUACCUGUUCAUGUCGCGUAGCGAGAUGGAGUCCGACAUCAAGAGCGCCCGCUUCCUGGAGCACGGCGAGUACGACAACAACCUGUACGGCACCAAGAUCAACUCCAUCCACGAGGUCAUCGACUCCGCCAAGAUCUGCAUCCUGGACGUGAACCCGCAGGCGCUGAAGGUGCUGAGGACGUCGGACUUCCUCCCGUACGUCGUGUUCAUUGAGGCGCCGGACUUUGAGGUUCUGAAGGCCAUGAACCGAUCGGCCAUCGAGUCAGGAGUGGUCACCAAACAGCUCACGGACUCUGAGUUGAAGAGGACAGUGGAUGAGAGCGAGAGGAUAAAGAGGGCGUACGGACACUACUUUGACUUCACCAUCGUCAACGACAACCUGGAGGGGGCUUACCGCAGCCUGCGGGGGGCGCUAGAGAGACUCAUGUCAGAGUACCAGUGGGUGCCUGUGAGCUGGGUCUUCUGAGACCGAAACAGUCCUGGGAGAGAGAGAGAGGGAGGGAGGGAGAAAGGGAGAGAGAGUGAAGGAGGGAGAGAGAGAAGUUGGAGAGAAUUUAGAGGGGACCAGACAGAGGCCUUCAUAAGGGAGAGGGAGGAAGGGGCCAUGCAGACAGAAAGAGAGAGAGAGAGAGAGAGAGAGAAAGAAAAGGAGGGGGAAAGAGAAAAAUGAUCAUACCUCCAAAACGCCAUUACAUCAGGCAGCAGGCCCUCUCAUUGGUCAGUUUCAGUGCCACUCACCCAGCCCUGCCAGCUUCCUAUUGGUUGUGUCUUGGGGGGGUAGUGGUGAAAGUUUGAGAAAAGAUCACUGAAAUGUGUGGCAGAAACUGUAGAAAUCAUGAAACAUUCAGUGCUGUGUGUGUGUGUGUGUGUGUGUGUGUGUGUGUGUGUGUGCGCAUUUUCGUGCGUACAUUGUUCUGUGUGUGUGUGUGUGUGUGUGUGUGUGUGUGUGUGUGUGUGUGUGUGUGUGUGUGUGUGUGUGUGUGUGUGUGUGUGUGUGUGUGUGUGUUUGUGGUUGGGACAGUUCAGUUGUGUAACCAGCAGAGUAGGUCUCUAUAUUCAUAGAUUACUGUCAAAAAAAUGUCCGCUGUUUUAGAUGCUCUCAGAGUCCCUCGAUGGAAGAGCUCUCUUGAGAUGACCAUGUAAUCUUUAGGAUGUUGUUCACAGGAGUUGUGUAGUUUUGAGGCUGAAAAAAAAGAUAAUGCUAGUGUAUCAUGUCUUUGGAAUACACUGUACGUCCUGGGUUGUCUUCUGUUGAUUGUAAAUAUAUUUAGAAAAUACAAGAGAAUCUAACUUUUAUUUGAAUAUUUGUACGAUUACUAUCGCUGUACAGCAUUCUUAUUCUUGACCAGUAUGGAGUAGCAAUAUCAACAUGUAAUAUCCUGCAUUUGCUGUACUUCCCUCAGAAGCCAUUUGAAAGUGGCUUAAAUCAGCAGAACUGUACUGUAUGGGUCUGUGUGGUUUAAAUUAAUGCAGAAGAUUCUAGAAAAAACAGCAAUCUUUGGUCUAGAUCUGGCGUUAUAGUCGUUAUCAUUGCUUUAGCCCCCCUUUCCCCCUUGGCAUUUGGUGGAUAUGACCAAAUCAUUAGUGGUUUGUAUCGUCUGGCUUUUAAAAAGAGAAGAGGAAGAGAAAGACAGCAAAUUGACUAAAAGAACUCUAAAGGCCAUUUAACUAACCUGCUUGGCAGGGGCCUGUUCUAGUGGCACAAGCUUUCGGUGGGCCACUUGAGUUUUUGCUCGUAGUGGGGAAGCCAUUUUGUUUAGUUAUAGAUGGCCCAGGUGGUGUCAGAUAUACCAGCCUUUUGAGUGUGUUGAAGACGUGACUGGUGUUCUGUUUAUUUGGGUUUAGUUUCCACACCUCCUGGACAAAUUGUAAAAAAAAGAAGACAAACGAUAAAUCCCCUGGUUUCGGGUUUGAUUGUGUUUCAUUUGAACGUGAGACGCAGUGUUGGGGGACCCUGUGUUGCAUGAUUGUUGGUUUGUUAUUAUUUAAAAGGUGUUUUCUUUUGCCUUAAUAUUGUCCAAUGCCAAGGCACGUUUCUGUCGGAAGUUUGGGUGGAUCCCGCCAUAUCUGUAUCCUCAUCUCUGGUGCUCACAGCAGAGGAAGAAACUUCUCAUUGUUUGUGGUCACUUCCUGAAGUCCUGUCACUUCCUGUGAGUGAUAAGAUAUCUAGCACAUAUGGAUGGGUAUUUACAGUAGGCUGGGGGUUGACACGGCCUCUAAGGGUACAGCGCUGCACAGAUCAGUUGUUUUAAAUGUUCAAAGGAAAUUGAAAGCUAAAAAACAUUAAAAAUUAAAAAAGGUGUGCUUUGUUUUGUCCUUUUUCAUUUUCUGUCCAAGUUAGCUAGCUUG